AGGUUGAGUACCUACGAGAAGACAUUGUAAAAAGUAUCUUCUGCUUGCUAACACCGCUGGGAUGCAUUUGUCUCAAACGCUGUUGAAUGUGUAGGUGAAAAAUCGAAUCAACCUUUCUGUGUUAAAAUUCGUCGUCCAAAAUGGUGGGAACGCCACCCUUUCAGCUCUUGCUGGUGAUCGGUUCGAGCGUUCUCGCAUUCAUUCAUUCGUCUGUAGCUGUGAAAUGCAAUCUUCGCCGAACGUCUACGUGUAUUUGCGACAUGGACGAUGGAUCUGGUUAUCUGGAUCUGACCGCAAUCAGCAAGAACGAUGGAACGCCGUUUUUCACCCUAUCUGAGUACAGAUUCAAUCCGUGCUAUCCCUUCGUGUACAAAGGAUGCAAGGACAGCGUGGCGGUCUGCCAGAGUGAGGGGGUAGUGUGCGGCAAGCAGAAGGCGACAUCGUUUACGGUCACCUCAACGAACCCUCUCAAAGCGACAAUUGACUAUGGAGACGGAGAUGACCUGAGCAAAGUUCCAAGAGUAUCUAUCGUCACUCUGGUGUGCGAUACGUCUAAGGAUGGUGAACUGAAGUUCGACACAGAACACCCCAGAGGAACAUACCAUCUCACAGUGACAUCGAAGCAUGCCUGUCUGAACAAAGCAAUAACAACGACACAACCACCGCCUCCACCAGAAACCACACAGCCUCCUCCGAAUCCACAGACGACGGGAGGAGGAUCGCACCACCACCGGACCCCCGAACACAACUCUGUCAGCUUGGGAACAAUUCUCGACAUAUGCACGCUACUUAUCGUGUCGCUCUAUCUCACUGGUGGCGUUGCCUACAUGUACGUUCGCAAAGGAGAGCGAGGCAGAACGGCGCUGCCGAACUACGAGUUCUGGAUAGCGCUGCCAGGUCUUAUCAAGGAAGGGUUCCUCUUCAUCCUGCACGGAGUAAAAUCUCGCGGCUAUCGGUCCGGAUAUGACGAGAUGUGACAAGGGCAUUUACUCCUAAGACGUGAAAAUGCCUUCUUGAAGACCAGGCCACCGCACGUUUCCGUAAGCCAAAAGAAUACAUGGAUCACCAUUUUUCAUUUUUAUCAAGCUUUCCACAUUGAGGCAGACGUCAAAGCCAAUUCCGUUGCUUUGAACAAUCGCCUUUACCUGAUUUCAUUUUAGAAUGCCGUGGUUUACAGGAAGUUUGCGCAAAUUAGCCUGUCAUUUUAGCUGGUUAAAUCGUUAAAGCAUCUCAUCGCCAAGUUCACAAAAUUAUGUCUUUUGCCGACAGGUUGAUACCUCCCGUACGUUUGAUCUAUUGAUUGUGCUUGCAGCUUUGCGUAGCUUUACGCACAACAAAUAAAGUAUUUCCAUUUUUCCAUUCCCUCAACCGAUGAGUAUUAUUAGAUAGGCAUAAUUCCUUGACGUGAUAGGUUUUGUUAGCUAGAAAAGAUAGGUUGUACGUAGAACUAAAAAUGGUGGAAUUCUAUAGAAGAAUAGGAACAAAGAGGUGUUGUGUUUGAAGAUUUUUACUAAUCUUUUCUUACCAGUCUUAAAUUACAACCGUGAUUUAUAACCGUGAUUUUCAAGAUGUUUUCUGCACCAUUCCAUUCAAAACAUGCCCAGUAGCAUACAGUACGGUACAUGUAUAGAUCUUGAAGGUGCCCUUUUUCAGUGUCCAACAUAGCUGAACACACCUCCGGAACCUCACCCAACUCAUAUAUGCCUUCUUUUUCAUUUUCGUGGCUGUUUGUUUCUGUCUAUUUGCGCUGUCGUUAGUAGAUACAUGUACGUGUAUUUUCAAACAAAAGAUUUUUCACACCGUAAGAACGUUGAGCCCUAGGAACUGUUACUUCCCCUGCUGGAGUUUUAUUUUUUUGUUUCAAUCAGAGCCAAUAUGUAGUAGAAGUGUUUUGCUUCGCCAACCUCGGACGAGUCGGAGGUCAUGUACAUGUAUACACAGCCAGGUAAUUUUGUCCCAUAUCGGUACGUCACUGCGACCUCAACAAUAUUUUUUUAAAUCUUCAACCAACAAAGUCCAGCAGCACAUUUUCUCACUGCA